AUGUGGUUGGGUGUCCCCUGGGAUGGCGGCGGCGACUGGAGCGUUGAGAAGGGCGCUGCUGCUCUCGGGGUCAGCAGGACACCAGGCAAGACCUCAUAUUCACAAUUUAAAAGUUGCAUUGUGAAGAAACUGGCAUCCCAAAUUCCUGUUGCUAGUAGCCCAAUUGCCACAAGGUGGCAGCAGAGGUGCACCAGAAACCAGGUGGAGCAACGUUUCGCAGAAGGAGGUCCAGCCGAAUUCUCUAGCUUAGAGGACCGAUCUGAUUUUACAGAGUCAUUUGGGAAGAUCACAACAAUUCGAGUGUCUUCUAAGCGGUUUACUGAAACCACUGUUGGUGAACCUGUUAUAUUUACUAAUAUCACUCAUGUGCAUGAAGGAAGUGAAACAAAGAAACAGCAAUGUCUCCAACAGGCGAUUGCCAAAGAGAACAGGCAUGUCUUCUCAGAAAAAGAGGGCUUAAGGAUUUGUGAGAAACCUAAGUGCCUUUGGAAAGGUUGCAAGGAUGAAACCAAGACUGAACAUGAUGCUGACAGCAAUUCAGCAGGCACAGAAAAACCUCUGCCCCUGGAGCCAGAAAUGAGGUUUCACAUCAGUGGUUUACGCAAUGACUACUAUCUAAACCUAUUGGACUGGAGCAACAAGAACCUUAUUGCACUUGCGCUGGGGUCUGUUGUAUACAUUUGGAAUGGAGAAACCAAUCAAAAUGUCAAAAACAUAGACUUAUGUUCCAGUUGCAAGUAUUAUGUUGCCUCCAUAGCAUGGACCAGAGAGAAUCCUUGGCUUGCUUUUGCAAUGAGUGAUGGAGACGUGCAACUGUGGGACAUUGAAACCCAACAGAAGCUGAGAACUAUGUUUGGUCACCUGUCUGUAGUUGGUGCCCUGAGUUGGAAUGGUCAUAUACUUAGCAGUGGUUCAAGGCUAGGCUAUAUUCACCAUCAUGAUAUUCGAGCAGCUCAGCAUCAUAUUGGAACAGUUCGGCACAGCAAGCAGAGUGUUUGUAGCCUCCAGUGGUCCCCAGACCACAAGCUCUUGGCAAGUGGUUCUAGUGAUGGUUUAUUGAAUAUUUGGCCUAACGAUCCAGGUGUGACAGUACAGUGUAGGCCACUGAUCUCCAUUUCUCAUUCUUCAGCUGUGAAGGCAAUGAUGUGGUGCCCAUGGCAAUCUGAUGUAAUUGCCACAGGAGGUGGAAUAAAGGACAGAAUGUUGCACAUCUGGAAUGUAAGCAAUAUGAAAAGCCUUGCAGUGGCAGAUACAGGAUCUCAGAUAUGUUCCCUGCUCUGGUUACCCAACACCAAAGAAUUAAUCACUGGAGAAGGCUAUCCUUGGAAUAAGAUGACUCUCUGGAGAUAUCCCAUGCUUUCAAAUACAGCAGAACUUUGCGAUCACAAAGGAAGAGUUUUGCAUAUGUCUCUGAGUCCAGAAGGAAAUAGGAUCUUUUCUGCUGGAGCUGAUGGCACAGGAUAUGUGUGGAAGUACAGAAGGAUGAAACCAAACACAACGUACUUCCAGGAAGACAAUUGUUUCAAUUAA